ACCGCACAAUUCGACGCCUAUACCGCCCUCGCACCCGCGGAUCACAGCACUAAGGACUGGCCGAGCGGAAAUCUGAGGGAUCAGUAUGUUGGACGUUUAAAGUCGGUCAAGCCGGGCCUUGCAACUUAUGUUGACGGAUUCCCGAAGGUUGGACCUUUUCCAUGUCCAGCUGGCAAGACGUACGGUGGUGAGUUGGUUGGUGCUGGUGACCAGGUCAACAUUCAGUGG